AUGGGGGAUCAGUUGACACCCCGCCCCCUAGACACAACAGCCUGGCCAGCCUCCAACCAGGUCAUCAGUGAGUCCCCUUGCAUGCCCCAGUUAGGCAGCAACAUCUCCCUGAGCCUCAGAGACCUGGGAGUACCUGCUUCCAUGCUGUGCUGGCUGUUCCUCCCAUCAAGCCUGCUGGCUGUAGCCCCUGGCUGUAGCCCCCUGCUGCUGGUAACCAUCCUGCAGAGCCAGAGACUUUGGCAAGAGCCCCACUACCUGCUGAAGGCUAACAUCCUGCUCUCAGAUUUGGCCCACCUUGUCUUCCACAUGCUCAUCUUCUCCAGCAACCUGGGCAGCUGGGCCCUAGGCCGCAUUGCUUGUGGUGUUCUCACAGAUGCCAUCUUCGCUUCCUAUACCAGCACCAUCCUGUCCUUCGUGGCCACCAUGUUGCACACCUACCUGGCAGUUGCUUAUCCUCUGCACCAUUUCUCCUUCAUGUCCAGGACUGCCCAGAAAGUGGUAGCCUUCAUCUGGCUGGUGGCCUGCUUCUUCCCCACUCUCGUUUGGCUUAGCAAGUGGAGGGAUGCCAGGUUAGAGCAAGGGGCCUCAUGCAUCCGGCAGCUGAGCCUGGGCACUGAGCCAGGCCAUGGCCCCUGGUCAUUGCAGACGCUUAACGACUGCGCUACCCAGGUGCCCCUAUGCAUUCUCUUUCUAUGCACAGCUCUCAUCACCUACUGCUUCUGGAGGGUCUAUGCAGAGACCAGGACUUCAGGCAUCUCAGUACAGGGCUGUUCCUGGGCCAGGGGUACCCUGCUUAUCCACACAGUGCUAAUGCUGUAUGUUAGCUCCGUUGUGGUGUUUUCCCUGGACAUCAUGCUAACCACGUACUACCUCACUGAUGCCAGAACUCAUGUGUGGCUCAUGGCAGCCAACAGCGAGGUGCUCAUGAUGCUUCCUCGUGCCACCUGCAGCUGCUGGGGAUGGUCCGGGGCCUCUUCUCAUCCAGUAGGCACAGUGACAUCAUCUCUAUUUCUUAGAGCUACAGACUUCACAGUCUAG